AUGGUACCGGCGCUACUGUGGAAACUGGAAAGAGAUCUACUUCGCAUACGUUUGAGAUCAACAUUCCACUGGUUGGUUUUGUUGAUCUAUGGGGCCGUGUUGACAACGCACUUGGGAUGUAACCGCUUAUCCACUGCUGAUCCUAUUUAUCUACUGCUAAGUGUUUCUGAAGUGAAUACAUUCCUGCCUAUAGACAACAAUACCCAUGGGGAUGGCUAUGAUAUUGACGAUGUGCAUGCCAAUUCGGCUGAUGCUCUUUUUGGUCUGGAACCCAAAACCUCUCAGACUCUACACCAUCUUUCCCAAAUGCGAAAAGCUCUAUGCCACGAGGAAUCAAUGCAAUUGAAAUUUUUUGCGGUUCAUAAAGGAUGUACAGAAGGCGAGAACAGAUACCUCGACUGUAUCCCUGGAGGCAGGAAGGAUAGUUCCUAUUUGUAUAUGUACCUUCACCAAGAUGGAGGCGUGCACUAUUCCCAGACUCGUGGUUCUGGGCGCCGUGUUGACAGACUAUACAGCUGA